CGUUUCGUUCAGAGGGUUCAAGUGCGAAAAAUACGACGUCGUGUUGGGUUGAUCGUAUUCUCAUCUCGUGAUACAUUUCAUUUAGUAACCAACUCUGCGACUGAAAACGUCGAAGAAUAGAAAGAGCUACAAGCUCCGAAGGCGGGAAAGCCAUGGCGGAAACUGGCGGAGCUUCGAUUCCUCCUCUCCCCUCCGUCGAGGAGAUCAUUCCUCAUCGUUUUCUCUCUCUAGAAGAACGCAGUUCGUCGAGGACCAAUCAGGAAUCUAAGAUAAAGAGAAAACUCGAAGAUUACUUGGAUCCAUUUAUCCUCCGCGCGAUCUCUUCCACAAUCGCCCCCUCGGCGGCAGAAGAGGAGGAGAGAGCAGAGACUAAGAAGAAGAAGAAGAAGAAGAAGAAGUGCGUCCUCGCAAACGCAGAUCUGAGAACGGAAUUCGAUUGGCCUCUCCAUCGACUGGAUCCACUGCUCGGCGAUCCAAAACGCGAUCACGUUGAGAAGACGCCGGUGAAGCGGUGAGAGGCGCAUGAUAAGAGUUUA